AUGUUCUCUACCACUGCCUUCCCGGAUGACUUCCUCCCGAGUUUCAGUCGUCUCUACGUCGACUCACAUAUUCGUGUAGUUUCAAGAGAUGAAGAUCCUCGCCUUGGCCUCCAAACCGACACCUAUACUUUUCAACGCCCACCGAAAUACGGCCAAGACGACUUCCCGCCCCUCGACUCUGCCCAAGCCUCUGAUGCCCUCGAGGUCACCGAUACAUCUGGCGCCUAUACAUAUGCGGAUGUGCUCAAAUUAAGUCGCACAACCGGCUUUGACCUGUUCGAGUUUCCCCCCGAAGUCCGUGAGCUGGUCUGGGAGGCUGCCAUGCGCGCUGGCGGCACAUUUUCCAAUGGAAUCCAUCUUCGAUCCCACGUCUACCGGCGCGAAGAGCCGGAUCGCCCUAGCUUUCUCCCUCGAGUCUGCUUCUUAUCCAGGUCCACUCGAGAUGAGACUGUUGCUGUGUUCAUGCGGAACGCGAGCUACAUCAUCGCUUCGAUCCACGACAAUGUCUUCCUUCGAAAGUUCAUUGCCUCGGUACCCGGUGGCCAGCUCAAUAUCCGCGAACUGUCCUUCCGGAACUUUGACUUCUUCCCGGAGCACGAUCGCGAGACUGGGGUGUUGAAUACUGAGGACUCUGACCUUGAGCUGGCAGUGCACUGCGAGGGCCUGCGGACUGUGCACUUGACCAUGGGCCCUAGGUUCAUCGGCUAUCACGUCUUAGAUGAGGAUACCGGACAGUAUGACCAUCGCUUCAGGUCUACUGAAGAACUUGUCACCAAGUAUCACCUGCGUCGACUUCUCGAUUGUGAGAGGCUGCGCACUGUCCACUGGCAUGGGUUGUGGAUGACAACUGAGCAUGAGCGAGUGCUUCGCGGCCUUGCGAACUGGGUCAAGGCGGAAUUUGCGAGCCGGGGUCGCAAGACUGAAUACACUGUAACCUAG